GUAUUUAACGAUCCUAUUCAUGGUCAUAUUGAACUUCAUCCAUUAUGUGUCAAAAUAAUAGAUACCCCACAGUUUCAAAGAUUACGCUAUUUGAAACAACUUGGAGCAUGUUAUUUUGUAUAUCCUGGAGCGACACACAAUAGAUUUGAACAUUCGAUUGGAGUUAGUUACCUUGCAUCUGAAAUGGUUAAAAGAUUAAAAGAAUUACAACCAGAAUUAAAGAUCACAGAAGUUGAUAGGUUGUGUGUUACAAUUGCUGGUCUUUGCCAUGAUUUAGGGCAUGGACCAUUUUCCCACAUGUAUGAUAAUCAGUUUAUACCGAAGGUUGAUCCCACUACAGAAUGGACUCACGAAAAGGCAUCAAUAGAUAUGUUGGAGUACAUGAUUGAAGAUAAUAAACUAGGUGGUGAGUUUGAUGAAUAUGAAAUAACUGAUAUUGAUCUAAUAUUUAUUAAAGAAUUGAUAUAUGGACCGUUAGAGAAUAAAGUAUUAAAAGGCCGUCCUGAUAAAGGUUAUUUAUAUGAAAUUGUCGCAAAUAAACGAAAUUCUAUUGAUGUUGACAAAUGGGACUAUUUUGCCCGUGAUUGUCAUAUGUUGGGCAUAAAAAACAAUUUUGACCAUGUUCGCUGUAUGAAGUUUAUGAGAGUCAUUCCUGAUGAAACAGGAACUCAACAGAUUUGUUUACGUGAUAAGGAAGAUGGUAAUUUAUAUGACAUGUUUCAUACUAGAAAUGCCCUCCAUCGCCGUGCUUACCAACAUGCUGUCACACAUGCCAUAGAAUCUAUGAUUGUUGAAGCUAUGAUUAUAGCUAAUGAUGUUAUUAAAAUAUCUGGUAAAGAUGGGAAAAUGUGUUCGUUAUCUGAAUGUAUAGAUGAUGUUGUAGCAUAUACUAAAUUGACUGAUAAUAUUUAUCAGGAUAUACUAUGGUCUGAAGACCCAAAGUUAAUGAAGGCUAGAGAAUUAUUGAACAGAGUGCAGAAGCGCCAAUUAUUUAGAUGUAUAGGGCAAUUUACACCACCUACAACUUUUGAAAAGGGCACAGAAAAGAAAUUGUUGGAGGAGAUAGUAAUAUAUGAUAAUGACAAAAAUUUAAAGUCUGAAAAUCUAGUACUUAAGCAUGUUUUUUUGGAUUAUGGAAUGAAAGAUCAGAAUCCUCUUGAUAAUGUGAGAUUUUAUUCCAAAUCAAAACCAAAUGAAACAAAGAGAGUUAGAAAAGAACAGGUGUCACAACUUCUACCUGAAACAUUUCAAGAACAUAUCAUUAGAAUAUAUUAUAAAGAUCAGAAUGUAGAAGAUAUUGAUCGUGCUAAAAAGGCUUUUGAAGAAUGGUGUAAGGUA